AACGCGACAUGUCACAAAGGUGCUAGGCACCACUGGUGCCUAAUAGCAAUGCUCCAAUAUUUUCCACACCAUAUAAAUACACACACAUUUCCAUACUCACUUCUCUGAUCAAUUCUAUAAUAAUAAUAAUAUACAUUCUUCCUCUUCUUCUUCUUCUUCUUCUUAUUCUUUUUUUUUUCUUUUAAUCAUGAAUGAAGAAAGCUCAUCGUACUGCUAUUUCCACCCAAGAGAAGUUGUAGUAGGGAUUUGUCCACUUUGUUUGAAUGAGAAGCUUCUAAUCUUGGCUUCAAAUCAAGGCCGCCGUAGUAGUAGUCGACGCUCAUAUUCAUCGGUUAGAGGCGGUUCAACCAGUAGUACUACCAAUUACUAUAAUAAUAACAACAAUAGUAAACAACAGAACAAGAAGACUACUUCUACUACUGCUACUCAUCAUCAUCAUCCUAAUAUUCAUUUUCCCAAGAUCUUCGAUUUCACUUCCUUGCUUCACCGCCUUGAAUUCAGGCCUUGGAAAUCUGAUUUUUAUCAGGACGAUCCUGAUGAUCAUGUUUCAACCAGUCAAGAAGAUGAUUCAUUCAUAUCAAUUAAGUUUGAAGAUAAUGGAGUGGCGUCAUGGGAGAAGAACAAGGCCAAUAUUAAUAACAGCAACAAUGGUAAUGGUAAUGCUGUAGUGUCAAAAGUGUCUCUAGAGAAUUGUAACGUGUCUUCCUGGAACCACAGCUUUGGAAGCAAUAAGGAGACCAAGACUGUGGUAGAGCAUGGGAAGCCACGUGCCUCAUCGCUGAGGUGGCGGAAGCGGAUUGGACAUUUGUUUCAGCUUAGCCGAUGGAAGAGGUCAAACAAGGGAACAGUUUGCCACGUCAACACCAAGGUUGAAGGGGUCAAGGUAAGAAACAAGCAAGGCUGGAGUCUAAGAACUCUCACCACAAAAAAGAACACCACCAUGGAAUAACAAACCCAUUUUGUAGAGAAGAAAUAAGUACACACUACCCAUUCGUUUUUUUUCUAUUUUAUUCUCUUUUUUCUUUUCUUUUCCUCCCAGAAUAUAAGUAAAGUGACUGUAAAGUGGUGUACUAUUGUUAGAUUAUAUAUAUAUAUGUGUGUGUGUGUGUGUGUUUAUUAUGUAGAGUCAAAUUGGCACUUCUUCUGCACAGCACUCUGCUUUCAAAA